CCCGUCAUGCCGUUUCAGAAACAUGGCGGCUGAGUUUUCAUAACAUCGAUGCCUUUGCGGUCAGUCGUUCGCCCAUUGCACCAAAUAAACAAGACAAGAGUUGUGUUGCAGUGGAUUUCACACGAUGCCGAAGUAUUACGAAGAUAAAGAGGUGGAUGACAGAGCCUGCGCUGGAGUCAGAGAAGACUUUAGAGAAUGUCUCCUUCGACACGACUGCGUUGUAAAGGAGGGGAAACUGCCCAGCCAGUGUUUGAAGGAAGGCCACUGCAAAGCCCUGCAGACCUCAUUCUUCGAGUGCAAGAGGUCGAUGCUUGACACGAGGUCACGAUUCAGAGGAAGAAAAGGAUAUUGAAGAACCAAUGAAAUGCUGAUGUCGCUGUGUUGUUGAGGUUCCUGGUUGAGCAGCUGUAAAUACUUCUCUUGUUCACUGGUCAGUGUACGAGCAGAAACCACAUCCAGAAGACAUUUGUCUAAAAAGCAGAUCUCAAAUGACCAUGAAACGUGAAAGAACAAUGGACAUUGACGCUCAAAAGAUUCAUCAAGUCAUCAGUAAAACGCACUGACUGGAGCCUCAAGCACUUUCAUUUCUUCUCUUAAUUUAUGUGUUAUUUUGGAUGAAUGAGUGUGUUUAAUGAUAUGAUCAAAAUAAAUAAAACUGUCUUUUCACAA